CAUAUGACAAGCAACUGGCCACCACCAUCCGACACGCGCCCGAUCAUCUACGGCGUGUGCAACGAGGUAAUGGGCUCUCCUGUGACGGAUUACCGAGACAACCUCAAUAUUGGAGCACCCGUGACGGCACUGGACUGUGGCGCGUGCACCGUGGACGCUGUGUGCUUCGCUGCGAGGACGAGCAGCAUCAGCGGCUGUGAGUGUGAGUGCGCUGCUGGCGGCUACGGUGACACUUGUCUGCCAGCUGCUGUUCCGGACGGCCUUGGGCCGCUCCCGCUCCCCGACGCGAAGGACACGGAGGUCCGCUGCGUGCACGGUGGCAGCAUCAGCUUUGUGGACUAUCCUGAUCCCGGUGUGCGUGGUCUGUGCUUCGUCAAUGUGACCUUCACCGCUGCGAUCGUGCUGGACCUGUGGAGCUUCGACGCACCACAACAGACACUCAACAUCACGCUGCUGCAGUGCGUCCUCAUGGGCCUGUCGAUCGGGGGGAGUGGUGCACGCGUGCACGUGAACGUGACAUCCUCGAUGCUGGAUUCUGGUGCAUUGGAGUUUGAGGGUGAUUUUGGUGCGAGCUCCCAGAUACUGGUGGCGGGUAGUACGCUUGUGACGAAGUCGAGCCAUGUCAUUUCCUUUUUUGGGUUUACUUUUGGUGCGAACUCGACCCUGCUGCUAAUUGACAACCGCAUCGAGGGAAAUGGUUACGCAGUAUAUUUUAUUGAUGCUGUUGUUGUUGAUGGUGGCGGGAUCAUUGUGAAGGGAAAUACGCUGAGGGUAACGGGUGGGGUUGACAGUUCUGAGACUGCUAUUUAUUUUGACGUUGUUGAUGUGAAGAACGGCGGCUACAUUGACGUGGAGAAAAACACGAUGAACGCGGUCAAUGGCGUUUAUCUUUCUGGAGUUACCACCGUGAGCUCCGCAGGGCUGUUGCGAGUGGCGGACUGCACAUUUGUUGGCAGGACGGAGUUUUUUGAUUUCACGCUGUUGUAUUUAGACGGUUCGGUGACUCUCGAGGGUGGUGCGCACUGGCGUGUGGAGGGCAACAGCUUGAGCACAGAUUCGUUAUUAACUAUUUUGUAUUCCUGGCACAAAAUUCAGCUGUCAGACAACGGCACCACCGUGGUGUUUGCACACAACCGUCAGGCGGAGUCGAGUAAAGAUUUUGCGAAAAUUCUUCCAUGGAGCACGAUUGUGAAGUUACCCGCGCGGUUUUUGGUGGGGUGCAACCUGCAGGGCGAUGAGGAGGUGUCGUACGAAGGUGUGUUUCCGGAGGGCGUGGAGCUGUUCAGAUGCGGCACAUGCAACGAUGACGCGGCGUGCUACAUGCCCGGGACGGAGUCGGUGGACCGCGGCUCGUGCUCGUGCAGCUGCAAGGACGGAUGGCAUGGCGCGUCGUGUCUUCCCUUCGAGAUGCCCGACGCGGUUGUGCCGCCCGUGGCGGAGAGAGCCGUCGACGGCGACACGAGCUGCGUGGUGAACCAGACGCUGUCGAGCCUCACGCUGAACAUGUGGGAGACGCAACACUGCUACGUGGGUGUGACAUUCAGCGGCGUGGGUGCUGUGCUGACAUUUUCCUUCAACAGUAUGCCGCUGCAUCUCCCCAUCAACAUCACGCUCACUGGGUGCACGUUCCUUUACGGGGCUGUGCUGCAGUUUGUUGGAGAUGUUGAGGCCGCCGAGUCAUCCGGCGUCCUGAUCCGCGUGAGCCAGACGGUGAUGUGGUCCUCUGUUGUUGUGUUUGCACUUGCCCUCCCGCAGUACUGCGACAUUGCCGUCACGGACGUUGACGCGGUGCAGUCCUCCGCGGUCCAUUUGCCGGACACAGUGAACAACAAGCUGAGCGUUGUGAUGCUGCACGAAGUUUUGUUGACUGCGUCCUCGCUGUUGGUCAGCAACGUAAAUGCGCAUGCAUCGAGGUAUGAUGCGUUUGGUUUGUACUCGAUCGGGACGCUGACGCUGGUGGGUGGCAGCUCGCUGUAUGUGCGGUACUGCAGCUUCGAUGGGUACACACACUUGUUUUACUUGGACAUCCUCAGUGUCGGUGACCACUCUGUUUUUGCGCUGCUCGGCAAUAGAAUGACCUCCGGGAAAAGCCUCCUGUAUCAGUACCGUGGCUUCAGCGUGUCGGAUCACAGCGUGUUGCGCGUGGUGGGGAACAGCGGUUCUGUUUCCUGCGCCAUCUAUUCACUAAACUCGUGGACCGUCCAGCGGUCAAGCUGGUUGGAUUGGCGUGACAACGACGUGGGAGUGGGUGCGAUGUUCUACGACACUGAGUCCGCUUUUGUGAGCAUUGACGGCAGCAGUGUGGUGACGCUGACGGGCUGCAAGAUGGGCUCGACGGGGUUUUCGGAGUCUCUGCUAUCGCAGUCUGACGCCGGCUACCGGUUUGUUGCUGGGUGCCUGACGGUCGCGGGACGGGAGGUGACGACGGCGGCUGAAUUGGAGCUCCAUGGCAUCAAUAACGUGACGACGGUUGCAGGGUGCGGGGAGUGCACGAAGGACGGCGACUGCUUUGCCCCGCUGACGACGGCGGUCAUUGACUGCAAUUGCCAGUGCGCUGCUGGAGGGCACGGCGAUGUGUGCGUCCCGGCGCCUGUGCCUGUUGGCCCGCCACCGCCGCCACUGCGGCCCACGCUGCCACCACCGUCUGUUGGUGAGUGCAUCGGCGACAUGGUGUACCCCGAGGUUGCACAGUCUGUGGGUGGCGGGCUGUCGUGGCUGUGCUACCGCAACGUGACGUUCAGCGGGGGCGGCAUGAGCCUGACGGUGCUGAUUGGGGCGAUGACGGGCGACGUGGUGAAUGUCAUGUUCGAUGGAUGCACGUGGAGGGACGGCGCUGUGCUGUUGCUGUUGGGCAACGCUUAUGCCGCUGUGGGGUCGUUGAACAUUGUCGUCACCGGCAACACGUUUCGUGACGCGCUGCUCAGUCCGGAGGGUGUGUUUCCACCGCGCACGAACAUCACGAUCAGCGGGAACCGCUUUUCGGUCACGAGGCUGAUCCCUCGGUCGGGAUUGGGCCUUAGGAAGUCGUCGUGUGUUGCGAUGAAUGAGCUGGCGAUCAGCAAUGACUCCGCGGUGGUUCUGAGCGGCAAUGUGUUUCAGACCGUGACGGCGUCGUCAAACGCCAUUUACGUCGUUGAAUCUUCUCUGAGGGUGUCGUGGCGCUCCCUUUUUGCGGUGGUAGGCAACACGUUUCAUAUGGCUGGCGGUGACGGUACGCUGAUAUAUCUUGAAGGGUCUGGCCAAUCCUCAUCGCUGAAGGUGCUGAACAACUCUGCCGUGGUGAUCCGAGGCAAUCUUGUUUCGAGGUCGGUGAGGUACAUUUUAUUACUAAUUUUGGCAUUACGUGUGGAGUCUCUGUCGGCAGUUGUGUUUCAGGGCAACGACAUGCAGGGAAGCUCGGUUGUGUUUUAUUCAGCUUUUUCUACCUACAUCUACUACGACUCUUGGCUGCAGUUGAGCGACAACCUCUGCCGCGUGUCCCCAUCGGAUGCGUUUGCUUUUUUUAACCCCACGGUGAGUCUCCGCGAUUCCACGGUGACUGUGUCCGGCAACCAAUUCAUGUCCAGCACGGGCACGCCGAAAGUGCUGCGGAUAUUCUCAGGGUCAACCGAUCUUACAAACGGAGCGAUUGUGGCCGCGUGCAACACUGUGAACGGCGUUGAGGAAGCGAACUACAUUAUUCCGUCCGUGUACAAUGCCACCAUUCUGACCUGCAGCGAUCCAUGCACUAUUGCGACGUCGUGCUUCCCUGCGUACACGACGACGGCCUCGAGUGAUGGCUGCGCCUGCAGGUGCGCGGAGGGAGGCCACGGCGAUGCGUGCCUGCCCGUCGCUGUCCCCGAGCCACCGAGCACCGACGGCGCCGACCUUUGCGUGCGCGACGUGCGUGUGAAUGUGGAGGUGAACGUCAGUUUCGGGACGUCGGUGGUGUGCUACGUUGGUGCGACCUUUGCGGCGGACGUCGUGGUGGACGUGGAGUCGAUGUCAGGGAGCGUGCGCAACGUGACGCUGGCAAACUGCACGUUUGUGGGCGGAGCGAGCCUGUACGUUGUUGGGUGGCGGUCCGACCCGCCUGCUGGCCAGCGCGCCGAUGUGUUGAUCAGCGGGCUUGAGUCACGCUCUGGCGGCGGCGUGGUGUUGGCGAACCGAUUUCCGCCGGGCUCGCGCGUCAUUGUGGUGGACUCGGUGCUGAUUGCAGAGGCGCGUGUUGUGUACCGCGGCGCCUACGACCUUGGCGACGCCUCCGCGUGCCUCGUGUUGCACAACGUGAAUCUGACUGGGAGUGUGCUGACCAUAGCGCGCACGCAGGUGGCGGCUGUGUUCCGCGACGCUGUUGGUGUGUUGGUUGUUGGCGGCGUGGCGCUGUCGUCGUGCGGUGCGCUGUACGUGGAAAGGCUGUCGGUGCAGACGGCGCUGGGGCUGUGCGUGUCGGUGGAGGGCGGUGUUGCGGCCAGUGGCGGCUCCGUGGUGGCGUUUGUUGACAGCGACUUUCUGCUGUGCAAGCACGCGGUGUCUGUGCGUGGGGCUGUGAGCGUGUCGGGCUCCGCUGUGGCGCUUGUGCGGAGCGACUUUGUGUCGACGGAGGACUACGCGGUGGCGUUUUAUUCGACGGUGAGUCUGGCCGACGGGUCGAUGCUGCUGGCGAAGGGCAACGUGCACGACGGCGUCUCGAGGGAGAUGCUCUACGCCGCUGGCGCCGUGACCGCUGCUGGGAGCACGCUGAGCUUUGUGCGCAACCGAGCGCUGCUGCCGCGGAUGCUGUCGGUGAGCCUGUCGCUUGCGGCUGGGGCGCAUUUGAGGGUGGCGUGCAACGACGCUGGUGGGCGUGUCCUGUCGACGGCGGAGGAGUACGCAGCGGCUGGUUUUGGCGACGUUGGGAGCAUCGACGUUGUUGGGUGCGACGACUGCGACAGGGACACUUACUGCUACGCGCCCGGGACGGUGUCUGCGAGCAUGAGGAACGGUGUGUGCAUGUGCGCGUGCGGCAGCGGCGGGUACGGCGAGGCGUGCGUGCCUGUGGGAGCUCCCGCGCUGCCGCCUGCCAUGGGCACUGUGCUGAGUGUGUUCGUCCGCGAGGGCGUGACGCUGCGGUCGGUGUUCGUUGUGCCUGCCGGCGCGAGCGAGGUGACGCUGCGCCACGUUGUGCUGGACGGCGUGAGUCCGGUGCUCUACGUGCCGUGGAUGGCGCGGGACGGCGUGCGGAUCGUUGUGCAGAACGUGUCGCUGCUGAACGGUGCCGUGCUGUACGUGAUGGGCGGUGGAGCGUUGCGCGGUGCGGCGGGGAGCGGCGAGAGCGGGCCGGUGGAGCUGUCGGUGUGCGAUGUGGAGGCGCUGAACGGUGCGCUUGUGCUGACCGGCACGUUCCCUGCGGGGUCCGUGCUGACGGUGGCGGACUCCCUGCUGGUUGCCGCGAGGCCGACGCCGCUUGUGUAUCUUCCCGGCUCGCGGUCCUCGCCGUACGCACCGGUGCUGGUGCUGUCGGGCCUGCGGCUUGUGCGGUCCGUGCUGGUUGUGUACGGCGUGGCCCUCGUGACCGUGAUGACUGGUGGGCGGACGGUGGUGGUGGACGGCGCGGUGCUGGAGCUUGUCGGUGGCGGUGUCGCGUUGGAUGCGGCUGUGUUUGGUGGCGACUAUGCGUUGUACGCGAGUGCGCGCGUGGUUGCGUCGGGGGGCGCUGUGCUGCGCGUGUCGGGGAGCCAGGUGUACGCCGCGCAUGGAUUGGUGUUUGACAGCGGAGUGGAGGCCAACGCGUCCGCCGUCGUAGUGAACGACAACGCCGGUGCGCUGACCGAUGGCGCGCUGCUGGAGCUGCGGGGGUCGGCGUCGUUUGUUUCCGGGUCGUGGCUGUCGGUGCGCGGCAACAGCGUCAGUGGCAGGCUUCUGUCGCUGCCGUCGUACCCGCGUGGUGCGGAGCU